AUGCGUGGGAAGCAUCUUGAAAGACUUGCUUUAACGAGCCGAUUUGAAUUCAAGCCGCCAGUAUUUUUGGAUUUAGGACUUAGUGAUAUUCCACUGUUCCGCAGUGGACAUUGGAGAUGGAAGCAUCAAAACUUGGCAUUUUUUGCAAGUCGUGGACAACGACCAUAUAUGGAAGAUCGUAUGCAUUACAUGUUCGAUCCAUAUAACAGCAUCUUGAUUUUUAGCAUAUUUGACGGCCAUGGCGGACCGUAUGUUUCUCAGUAUCUUGAGAAGAACUAUGCAAAUGCAUUGCGAAGACGGUUGUUGGAAUUUGCUGCAAAUGCUACUACCGAAUCACUGACGUCAAAAGAAUUUCGUGACUGCUUUGCUGAGGCGAUUAUCACUGAAGUUCAUAAUCUGGAUGACGCUAUAUCAAGGAUGCAUGCAUCUUAUACGCUUUAUACAGGUUCAACACUAAUAUCCGUCAUUCUUGAAAAACAUCGCUAUUUAACUGUAGUCAAUGUUGGCGAUUCUCGAGCGGUAGCUUGUGAUGGAAGAGGUCGUGCAGUUCCACUGUCUGAAGACCACAAACCAUCUGAUGUUAGUUAA